AUGCCACCAGCUACUCGUCGCGAGGUACGGCUCAGCGCCAGCCUGCCAGGUCCAGUCGCAAACAAUGGCACAACCUACUCCCUUUCUUCCAGCCGCUCCGCCACCAUGCUCUUGCCCAAUAUCGACUCCAUCCUCGACAACUUUGAGCAAUUCAAACGCAAGCACAUAUCUCAGAAUCGCGAGAUCAUCAAGUCAAACGCCCAGUACGCACAGCGCCAGCGAGAGCUCGAAUCUCGCAUUCAAACGCUCGAGCAAGAAAAGGUCGACAAGGAGGUCCAAACCCUCGCACUCACGCUUGAGGUCGAGCAGCUGCGCAAAGCUAUGAGCUCGGUUCGCGCUGGCUGGAUGGCGAUCGGCAGGACGCUUGCUCAGACCACGGGUCUCGCCCCCACUUUUCUCGAAAUGCUCAAGCUGGACGAGUCUCCGCCUCUUCCCGAAUCCAAGAGGAUCGUCGUGGAACAUCCGCUGCCUCAAAGCAGUCUAUACAAAUCCGUGGCUCAGGCUCCAUACGGUCAGCUCCACAGCCUGACCGAGGAAAGCUUCCGCUCAGACGACAAGUUGCAUCAUCCAACCAUCCUUCACAACACCGUGUCCGCAACAACGGCUGACGCACAUCUGAACGUAGGGGAACCGCACUUCGAAGCUUUUAUUGCUCAACAGUCGACCUUCCCUUCCGGCAUAGGCUCCCACGCAAGUACUGAUGGCGCUGCCACUCUUCUCGACAUGGCUCAACCACCUUCUCCCAUGGGCAGCCCUAAGCUUCCAAUGGCGCUCGAGGCUGGUAUCGCGGCCGAGACGUCUCAUCAAUGGCCUCUCUCAGACGCAAUUGACUGGCCCAACGGACCUGCUCCAGUAAAUCCGCAUCACGGCAGCACCUCUGGCGACUACUACGCAGCUCAGAUGCAAAUCCUCGAGGGCUGA